AUGCCUGAUUCGCAGACGCAUCGCCCUGGGGUAUCACUGAAGCGGUCUCCAGAUGCCUACAUCUCAACAAAGCUCAAGGAAGCUGCUGACCUCGAGCAUAAAUUGAAGGCUAGUUCGGAUGAUAAUGAGUCUGUCGCACUCCAACAUAGUCUUUGUGAAGUCUUUGGCGACAUUCUCAUGUCUGAUCCAGUGGCAGCGAAAAAGAAUGAGAUUAGUGGACGCCUUUGGAAUGUAUGCUUCUACAGCGAUAUUAGCCAAUUGCGGAGUAAGAUUAGUCGUGCAAAACGCAAGAAAGAUCAUGACGAUCUGAAACGCUUGACCCGUGAGUUUAAGCGACGUUGUGAAGGGGGUGUAGCACUAUACGACUACUUGGGGCGUCACUUUAAGACUAAGCUACUAAUUCAAGCCGACCAGAGUCAGACGCAGGAUAUUGGAACUCAAGAAUCCUCGGUUGAUGAUUCAGUUGAAGGAAUUUCCAAAUCUCUUGAGGGAGUUGUAGAAAGUUUCUUCAAAGUUUACAUCUACUUGGGAGAUUUGCAUCGAUAUGGAGAGAACUUCAGUAAAGCCGAGGACUGCUAUUAUAAUGCUGUCAAGCUUGCGCCAGGAAAGGGAAACCCGUACAACCAGCUGGCCGUAGUAACCCAAACGAAAGAUCCAAAGAUGUCAUGCAACGCACUUCAUUGGUACUGCAGGUCAAUCCUUGCAACUCAUCAAGCUUUUGGAACUUCGCCUGACAAUCUUGAGCGGCUGUUCGUUGCAAAUAAAGGAUAUUUGAAUGAACACUCCCGAAACCCGAAACCUCCAAUCUACAUGCCUGAGAAACGCAAAAGUUCAUCUGAACUUGUAAGGGCACAACAACAAGCUGCAACGAAGUCGUGCUUGGCUCAUUUCGUCGAGUUGCUUCACGAGAUCAUCGAAAGCAGGAAACCUGGCGACGCAGAUGACAAGGACGUGGAUGAGGAAGCAACGCGCUCCAGGAUGUCAGAUGUUAUGGCUUCUUUUGAGUCAUUGCUUCAGGCUACUGCGUUUAGCGAUGCACUGCUGUUCAAAAUCGUCCAAAUAUGCGCAUUUGUAUGCGAAAUCUGCAGGACCACGACCCCCAUCAGUAAGGAGUUGUCCCGGGAUUUCCUUCUUAUGACUGGUGCGACGCUUGCAACUCGUUUGAACUCUAUCCUGACACGAAUGCUGGAAAAGGCCAAAGCUGGUUCCGUUCGAUUUUUGUUGCCAUACCAGAUUCUCUGUGAAUACUUGAGGCAAAUUGAAGAAAGUGAAGGAAAGGAGCACGACAUCUUUUGGAAGAGCUUUUCCGAGAUUGCAAACCUCGUUUUGAAAUUUUCGAUACGAGCCAAGGUUGCCCCAAACUCUUACGUCCUUAACGGAGACAUUAAUGUACCACUCAAGGAGUACCAGCAACUGCGAGGUUAUCGCCCCUUCAAUUUUCUCUACAAGAACUAUGCAGCAGGAAAUCCAUUCAUCAGUGCAGAAGAUGCUGUUGAUGCCCUUGAUCUCAAUCCUUCGCAAGAGCACGCUCGGAACAGUGCAGCUGAUAUAAAUACAACCAAGAUUGCCCGGUUCUUGGCAAUUUGUAAAGAAUACGCGGACAAUGAUCGUUUUCCCAUCACCUUCUCGGAUGAUGCGUACUCGUUCGUUGAAAAAGUUGCACAAGACGAAGACCAGGACGAACAUAUCGACGGUGCUGAUUUCACAGGCUCUGCUCCGGAAGUAUGUGAUGAAGACGACGCUGGUGAUGUUGUUGUAUUUAGAGCCGUGGAGGAAAAUGUUUCUGACGCAUUUACGUCAAAGCAAGCUCAGCCACCACUGGCAAUUCCACGAAAUCCCAAUGUCGCAAACGAAGGUGAGAGUGAAACCACUCAUAUGGCCCCACCUCCCGAGGUACUUCCACCCCCAGCAGCGUUGUUGCCACCUCCUGGAUUUACUGCUCCAAUGCAUAAUCCAGUGAGCAACCAAGGUCGCAAUCUAUUGCCUCCCAUGCCACCACAGCAAUAUCCACACCCUGGUGUAUAUGGUCACGUGGUUCAGGGUUACCAUAUGGCGCCUACUCCACCACCACCACCUGGCAUGGCACCAUUGCAAGGAGUGCCUGCAGCAGAAAUCAAUGGACACGUCCCCUUUGGACAAGCAUGGCAAGUUUUUGGAGGGCCAUCAAACAGCACCCAGUCAGCAAAUCCAUUUGCAGCUACAAUGCCUAUUGGAUCAUUUGGGCAUGCAAAACCUGCAUCCCCGAUGUUUGAAGAUCAACACAUGACAACCGACGGCACUUCUUUGCUCGACUCGGCGCUGAUCGACAGUCUAUUCAUGGAUGACACCAAGACGAAUAAUCCCUGGAAGUAA